GAAGGCGUACAAUGUUUUACGAAACGAUAACAUGUUUCGUUUACCAAAGAAUAAUAUCGACGGAUCAGCUCUGUCUCCCUAAAAAAUUGAGCUACACCAACAUUUGCUGCGGGCAAUGUAUAUAUCAAAUAUUUGGGCACACACUCAUCUUCAAGUUCCAACAGCAUUAUAUCCGACUGAUUUUGGCUGGAAUGAGAACAAGGGAAAAUUUCAUUUUAAAUGGUUUCAGGGUGAUCAGCUACCCUCUGCCCUAGAAGAUAUAACCAUCGAUGAUGACCAAAAACUAUUGCAGAUGGACAUCAAUUGCAGCGUAGCGAAAGCAAUAAUGAAGAAGGCGAUGCAUCCGAAGAAGGCGAAAUCUAACAAAGUUGUUGAUAUAUUAUUUUACUACUUGCGCACCAUGGGGUUUAACCGCACGAAGGAGCUGGAACCUAUGCGGGAUCUGAUAACGAUGAACGAACUGGAGAAGUGGAACGAAAUAGAAUGAAUCCGAGCAGUAAAAGACAUGAAGACUAUAAAGGAGCUGGAGACGCGGAAGAAAAUAUUAUUAAUCCAAGAACACUUGCGUCUUUCUCUGACGAUACCGUUUUUCUUCAAAAAGAUGAAGAUCUUAAAGAUGAACAAUCAGCCUCCUGGAAAAAACCAUCUGUAUGCAACCAGUACUUGCAUUACCAAAAAGUAAUGAACAAGAAAAAUUACCUGUAAGAUUACCAAAGAUAAUUUCCAUGAAAGUAACAACUCAAAUGCAAAGGCCUCAAACAAAGGUACAAAAAUUCCAUAGACUUGUACUAGUAGUAACGUGGAUAGGAAAAAGCUGUGCGCAAAAAUAGAAACAUUGAAAAAUCUGAUUCGAAAUUGAGGAAGAACCUAGCUGAGAUCAAGGAUGACAGGAAACUGCAAAAAGAGGAAAUUUCGUGUCUGAACCCUGGC